AUGGAGCUGCAGCACCCUUCCGACCUCAGCGCGUACGAGCUCGAGCGGCUCGACAACAUCAAGCGCAACGCGGCCGUGCUUGCCUCGCUUGGCCUGGCCGACGGGAGUGGGCUCGGGAGCUCUCCAAGCGCUCGGCCGAUCAAGCGGCGCAAGCCAGCUCAGGUGAGGCCUCUGGCGGCGCCCGAGCGGCGCAGCUCGCGGCUCGUCGACGGCGCCAAGGCCCCAGACUUUUACAUCGCAAACGAGACGGCGAACGGCAGAGUCACGGUUGGCGGGGACGCGAGGGCGCUCCAGCAGGCCACGCAAACCGCCACCGCCGCCGCUGGCGCAGAUUCGAUGGACCCGCUCACCCUGUUUGGGCUCGGCGCGAUGCCCGAGGGGGAGGACGACCUGCUGGAGAGCGAGCGCGCCGCCUUCGCGAGCCUGCGCGACGCAAAGCGGGCCAAGGCGAGCGAGCUCGGCAUCGAGGGCUACAAGAUCGCACAGCACCGCUCGCUGGCCGAGGUGGUGCGGCGGUGCCCGACGGAGGUCGAGGCACUCCGCGCUUGCUGGGGCUUUGGCGGCUCGGGCGUCCGCGUCGACAAGUACGGCGCGAUGUUUCUGGAGGCGCUGAUGCCACACAUGCCCUCGAGCGCGAGCGAGCUGCUUCCGGGCGAGGCUGCCGCGCUCAUCGCCGCGACGCACGCCAGGGCGGAGGAGCUCGGCGAAGGCUACGUCUGGAGCAUCGCACCGGCGCGGUCCGUGUGCGAGAUGGUGCGGCGCGCGCCAGCGAGCAUGGAGGAGCUGCGGUCCGUGUGGGGGUUUGGCGGAAAGGGGUUGCGCGCACAGCGGCAUGGCGCGCCGCUCCUCGUGGGACGGCUUGCCCGGCGUGACACGGUUGGCUGA